AUGGAUGACGGAAAAAGGAAGUUCACCAUGAUCGGAAUGGCCAUCGUCUUUUUAACGGCGGCGGUGAUUGCUGCAGUUAUUGGUCUUCAGAAAUACUAUGGUUCCGACGAUGAUUCCCACGAAUCGAUUUCGUCAACCAACAAGGCGGUAGACUCACUUUGCCAACAUACCGAUUACAAGAGAUCAUGUCACAAGAGUCUUGCCCAUGCAAAUAACACAGACGACCCUAAGGAGCUCGUGAAGGUGGCUUUUAAUUCUGCAAUAACAGAAGUUCAGUCCGCCAUUGAUGGAUCAUCAACCCUUAAAGAAGUGGCUGAAGAUCCUAGAGCUUCUAAAGCAUUGGAUCUAUGUAAAGAACUUCUCAACACCUCCAUUGAUGACCUUAAACGAUCCUUCAAAAAGCUCGAGAAUUUCGAUCUUGCAAGAAUGGAGGAAUAUGUUGGCGAUCUUAAAUCGUGGCUCACUGGUUCACUGACGUAUCAAGAGACUUGCCGCGAAGGGUUCAAGAACACGACCGAUGAAACAGGUCAGAAGAUGAAGAAGUUGUUGAAAUUGGGUGGCCGGCUCACCAGCAAUGUGCUCGCAAUGGUGAAUAGCAUCAUUGAGACCCUUGGGGAGGUUCAGUUCACCGGGGUUAGCCGUAGGCUCUUGGACAAGGGUCUGAACGAUGAGCAUGGUUGGUGGGUCAGCAGUGAGAGGCGGUUGUUGCUUGCUGCUGAUCCAAAAACGUUAAGGCCUAAUGCGGUUGUGGCUCAGGAUGGUUCAGGAACCUUUAAGACCAUCAUGGAUGCGGUUAGGGCCGCGCCCAAAAAAGGCACCCGACCCUUUGUUAUACUCAUCAAACAAGGUAUUUACAAGGAGCAUGUCGACAUUCCUAGGCGUGUUAACAAUGUCGUCUUAAUCGGCGAAGGUCCAACCAUAACCAGAAUCACCGGAAACAAGAACUAUGUUGAUGGAGUUGCGACUUAUAGGACCGCUACCGUUGCGGUGAGCGGAGAUGGCUUCAUGGCAAAGGACAUAGGGUUCGAGAACACAGCGGGACCACAAAAGCAUCAGGCGGUCGCGUUACGUGUCUCGAGCGACUUAGCCAUCUUGCACAACUGUGCCAUGGAAGGAUACCAAGACACCCUCUACGCCCAUUCAUAUCGCCAGUUUUACCGGCAAUGCAAAAUCACAGGAACCAUCGACUUCAUCUUUGGAAACGGAGCAGCCGUCUUCCAAGACUGCAAGAUGAUCGUCAGGAAACCCCUUGCCAACCAAGCGUGCAUGGUGACAGCCCAGGGGCGGAAGGACCACAACUCAAAAGGUGCACUGAUCCUCCAGGGCUGCAACAUCACAGCCGAUAAAGAAUACAUGGCCACCAAGCCAAUGCCAAGUUCUUACCUUGGUCGGCCAUGGAAAGCGUAUUCCCAAACCAUCAUCAUGCAGUCGUUCAUCGACCGCAACAUUGCACCGGAAGGGUGGGCCCCGUGGGUCGGGACGUUUGGGCUCGACACGUGUUAUUACAGCGAGUUCAAUAAUAGAGGACCAGGGGCUGACACAAGGAGAAGAGUGACAUGGAAGGGCAUCAAGAUGAUGAGUCUAAAAGAAGCUGAUAGUUAUACUCCUGCAAAAUACAUACAAGGAGAUAUAUGGAUAAAAGGAACUGGUGUGCCUUAUGAUCCUGGCAUGAUGAGUCUCUAAUUUUGUAAAUAUGUACAAAAGAGAUGAUAGUUAGUUUUCGAAGUUAUUAAUAUAUAAUA